AUGUCCGCAGUCACCGGAUACGACUAUCCCGGCUAUGAGCAGCUAGGGAAUAUCUUCAAUAUCUCAGCCGCUGUGUCAAUACCCGCCGAUGCCCGUAUUGUCGCCACCUCCGGCCAAAUCGCCGAUAACCACGACCCUCUUUGGGGAACACACGCCGAACAGUUCGAAAAGUCCAUGAUAAACAUCGAGAGGUCUUUGGCUGCUGCAUCACCUCACAUCACCGACCCAAGACAACUGUGGGAGGGCGUCUUCUAUGUCACAUCAUACCAUGUUGGCGUUUUGACAAGGGAGGAACAACUGCAGAUUGCUGAAAUUGCCAGAAGGUACUUUGGCAAGAAUAAGCCUGGAUGGGCAGCUAUUUGUGUCAAUGCUCUCUUUCCCCCAGAGGCUUUGGUGGAAAUUCAGGUCCAGGCGGCUUAUCGUGAUGGAAAAUAA